AUGGAGUUUUACUCUAUUUCUGCUGGACAUCUUUUGGUCUUCAGAUACGAUGGGAAUUCAACAUUUCAUGUUCUUAUAUUCACUAUGAGUGCUACGGAGAUUGAAUAUCCAAUGCGUAGCUUCAAAACCAUGUUUAAAGGUAAAGCUCAAGUGAUUGACAUUGAUUCUUGUAGUAGUGAUAGCAACAAUGAAAAUUCCACCCAAAGUGAGCCUUCAUCAAGUAGAGACAGUCAAGUCAAUUUGGAAACUGAACCUGUUGAUGAACAUGAUUAUCCAAAACGUCGAAAAGUGUCCGCCGCAACUAAAAGAUUUAAUACUUCACGGGUAACACAAUUAAAAGAAAGAGCACUAAGAGCAGCCGAGGCCUUUAGGUCAGAAGAACCGUUCUUCAAGGCUAUUAUGCACGCUUCUUGUGUAAAGACUGGAGGCAAUAUGCAUGUGCCGUCGGAUUUUGCGAUUCCAUAUUUGCAACACAAAACUACGCGGGUUACACUAAGAGUUUCGGACGGGAAAUCGUGGGAUGUUGGGGUACUUUAUACACAAAGCUUUUAUAAAACAACUCUAUCUAAAGGCUGGCCUAAGUUUGCUUUAGACAAUCAUUUGAACACAGGGGACGUCUGUGUGUUUGAGCUGGUGGAUAGAAAAAAAUUCGAGAUAAAUGUUCACAUUUUCCAAGUCUUCAAAACCAACUUUAGAGAUGAAGCUCAGGUGAUCCGUAUCGAUCCUUGUAGUACUCGUAGCAACAAUGAAACUUCUACCCAGUCUUCAUCAACUAGAGGGGGACAAGUCAAUCUGGAAACUGAGGAACCAGUAUUUUGCAGUAAUGUUACACAAUCAAAAGAAAGAGCACUUGCAGCAGCUGAGGCAUUUACGUCAGAUAAUCCAUUCUUCAAGGCCAUUAUGUGCCCCUUCAAUAUAAGUAACGGAGUUGUGAACAUACCUGGUAAUUUUGCGACUCCAUAUCUAAAACACAAAACUGCACUGGUCACUUUAAGUGUUUCGGAUGGGAAAUUGUGGGAUGUCAUCCUAACUUCAAUUAAUUCAGGCACAACAACUUUAUCCAAUGGCUGGAAACAGUUUGUGUCAGAUAACCAGUUGAACCAAGGGGAUGUCUGUGUCUUUGAGCUUGUUGAUAGAAAAUAUUUUGUGAUGAAUGUUCAUAUUUUCCGAGUCUUCCAAAAGACAUGUAGUAGUAGUGAAAAAUUGGAGAUAGAUGCUCCCCGGGCAGGCAGAUCAAAAGAAAAAUCACUUGCAGCAGCCAAUGCGUUUAAGUCUAAGAAGCCGUACUUUAAGAUGGUACCUGCGGCUUUUUCGGUUCCGUAUUUGAAACAUGAAACUAAGGUCAGAUUAAGGGGUGUGGAUGGCAAAACGUGGGAAAUGCAGUGUAAUCUGUUACACAAACCUGAUCGUGCGAAGCUAUUCAAGGGUUGA